GGAGCAGCCAUUGUUUGCAUGGUUAUCCAAUGGCCGAUCCCUUGACACAACGUGAAACGUGAUUCAAGCUUCAGCUGCAAGUUAAAUGGAUUUAUACGACGUAGCAGCGGAAGUUUUGCAGAAAUUCAACAAGAAGCAAGGAUCAGUCAAAAAUCUUGUUUUUUCUUCCAAUUACAAGAAUGUACGACAGUUGUACGCGCUUGUGUGCGAAUCCCUUAAGUAUCAAGAAGUGAUGUCCACUAUCUUUGAUAAAUGCUCGGGUCUUCUAGAAGAUAAAACUCUGACAAGGAAUCGAGAGCUAGCCAUUGUUCUUCUUUAUGAACAUCUUGUUGGCAAAGGCCUAAGGCAUGCUGGAAGUUUGAAAAGGAUUUGCAUCAUGCGCCACAAGAAAGAGGUGAAGGAGGCUUGUUCACAGUUGAUGCAGGAACAGGGAGUAGACUCCCUUGCUUCGCUGCUGAGUGGACAGAGUCAAAUGUUUAACAAUCUACCUAUUCCUCGAUAUGUUCGUGUCAACCUUUUGAAGACUACAGUGGAUGAUGUUAAGGCAACUUUCGAGGAUGAGGGUUGGAUUUGGCAUGGUCAGCUCACUCUCAACAACUUUCGUGCAGAGGUGGAAGGACUUUGUGAUGAUAAGUUUGCGCUGGAUCCGCUGAUGCCAGAUUUGCUGGUGUUUCCUCCAGCAACUGAACUGCAUGCCCAUCACUUGACCAAUAAUGGCAGCAUUGUCUUGCAAGACCGGGCAAGCUGCUUCCCAGCCCAUGUGCUAAACCCUCCAUCUGGUGCAACAGUCUUGGACUGCUGUGCUGCCCCUGGAAACAAGACCUCUCACAUAGCCAGUCUUCUUGGGAACUCGGGGCGAGUGUUGGCAUAUGAACGCGAUGUGAAGCGCAUGUCCUUGCUGCAAAAACAGCUUCAGAAGACAGGUGUCACCAACACCACCACUAAGUGUCAAGACUUCUUGUCCGUUGAUCCACAUGACCCAUCCUUUGCUAAUGUGGAGUUCAUCUUGGUUGACCCCUCUUGCAGUGGUUCAGGUAUGCUAAGUAGGAUGGAUCAUCUCUCAAGCACUACUUGCCAACGUCUUGAAAAUCUGGCACGCUUCCAAGUGUCCAUUCUCAAGCAUGCCCUACGCUUCUCAUCAGUACGUCGUGUUGUGUAUUCCACCUGCUCAAUCAACGAGGAGGAAAAUGAACAGGUGGUUGCUGAAGUGGCAUGGCAGGUGAAAGACCAAUUCCAUGUACAAAAAAUUUUUCCCAUGUGGCCACACAGAGGCCAGGGAAGUUCCCCAUAUGCAGAUUGCUGUAUUCGAAUGAGCCCAAAAGAUGAUUUAACAAAUGGUUUCUUUGUUGCAUGCUUCGAAAAGACUGAGAAAAGUGCAACAUUAUGCCAGGAAGCUAGUGCAAAAAAACUGAAAAAAAGGAAACAGAGAAGAAAAGAUGGCAUGAAUGAAAACAUGCACAAGAAAAAGAAAUUAUCUGACGAUACAGUUGGAUGAAGUUGUCUGAUCACAGGGGAGGAUGAAGAGCUUAUGUGCUAAUGCAUUUCUGCAUCCCUUUCUCAACAAGUUUCUGUCAGAAAACAGCCUUGAUUCUGCCAUGCCUGUACUGUGCAUGCAUUUCUGCAUAAUGUAGCUUCGUUGAUUAAAUUUGUGGCAUUACUUCUUGGCUUGCAGAUGACUUUCAUGCUUCUGACAUUCUCAAAUUAAUGUCUUCAGUCUGAACUGGU